UUAUUUAUUUAUUAAGUUGCGCUUUUAUUGCAUUUCAUUCGUUGAUCGAUUCUAACUCAUGGCGGAGAUUGAACUAAAAACAGCUCCUGCUGAUUUUCGUUUUCCUACAACAAAUCAAACCAGGCAUUGUUUCACUCGCUACAUUGAGUUUCAUAGAUGCUUGUCAGCAAAGGGUGAAAACUCAGGUGAAUGUGACAAAUUUGCUAAAUAUUACCGCUCCCUUUGCCCUGGUGAAUGGGUUGACAGAUGGAAUGAACAGAGGGAAAGUGGGACUUUUCCUGGACCUCUUUGAAAUCAUGUGUCGCUUGAAUAUCCUUCAAAGGCAUGAGAAGUCUUGAACAUUCUGUUGGGUUUUUUUUCUUCAGUUAUAUUUGGUUGAGUCAUUGUGAAUAAGGCAGUUUGUGGAUAUUCAUUACGUCAAAAUGGCGGGUGUCAUUUUGCUUUUGAAGUUGAUGUAAUUGUUCUGUGGUACUUUCUUCGUUCAAAGUAUUGAAUUUGAUAUUAAUCUGCAUACUCUAUUCCAUA